AUGCCACCAUGGCGGACACCGCGAGUCCUUCUCACAGACUUUACCUGGCCAAACAACAUCCCAGCAGUCCCAAGCGACCAGAUAUUACCAACCCCUGUCCGUUAUUACCUGAGAUCAUUCUAUCACUCAUACUGUGACCGGGUCGGGAUUUCCUUCAACAAUCAAAUUGCUCAACUCCCCUUUAGAUUACUUCUAAAAUGGUCUGACAGUACCCGCAUAGAAGAGGUGUUGACUAUGAAAGUUGCCAGACAAGCAGGCCUUCCAGUCCCGAAAGUCAUUUGCUAUGGGGAUCAUCUGGAUACUCCUCACGCACCAAUUCCGAUCCUGAUGACCGGUGUAGCCGGCAAACAGCUAGCAAUCCGGAAGUGGAAGAGACUUUGGGGCGAGAAGAGAAUCUGCUCCCUGAUUGGCACUCCUAUUCAAAGUACCAGGGUUCCAGACCACCGUAUUGGCCCAUUCGAGACAGAGAAGGAAUUCAACGAAUAUCUCAUCGAACUUGGUUGGCCGGGUGUGUUCCGAUCGAAGCGGGAGUACAAAGAAGCCUUGCGAUGCAGGGAGGCUGCUGGCUGGUAUCACUUGAUUUUGACUGUAGAUGGCAUGGAUUAUAUGUCGAAAUUGGAGAUUGCACGGGCGUUGACAUCUUUAACUAGUGAGUCAUGUUCCUGGUGAGUAACCUGAUGAGUUCCGACGCAAAAGAGCUACUGGGGUGAAUGCUGCUUUCAUCAUCGCAGGCUAUCACAGCUGCUUAAUGAAGUGACAAGAAGAACGGCCUUGGCAAAUCACCUAUAAGCUUAUAUUAAGGAGCCGAUUUACUGGCUCGCUGCAUUAGAUAGUCGAGAU